UUUGUUUUCUGCCCAGUGACGCAGAGACGUCACUAGUCGGUAGGCGGAAAGCGGUAGUGUGUGUUUCGUAUCUGGAGAUAAAGCCUAACCGGGUGUUUUUAUUAAGGAGAUACACAAGAAGAUAUAAAAAAAGGUUCGCUUUUGUUCCUGCAAAAAUGGCGGUUCCGGGUAGUCAGGCAGAUCUACAGAUGGACAGGGGCGGCCUGAGCGGCCAGACGGUUUCAUCUGAAAACAACAUUGACAUCGACGAGAAAGAGUUGGAAAAUAUCACAAAGAAACACCGAGAAGACGAGACGACAACGCUGCCUCUGCACUCACCUUGGACGUUUUGGCUGGACAGGUCAUUACCGGGCACUACGGCUGCAGAAUGUGAAUCCAAUCUGAAGAAGAUCUACACCGUGCAAAGUGUUCAGAUGUUCUGGAGUGUAUACAACAACAUCCCUCCAGCCACAGCCCUGCCUUUGAGAUGUAGCUAUCACUUAAUGCGCGGAGAGCGGAGGCCUUUGUGGGAGGAAGAAAGCAAUGCAAAAGGAGGAGUAUGGAAGAUGAAAAUACCAAAAGAAAGCACUUCUGCAGUUUGGAAAGAAUUGUUACUUGCUACCAUUGGGGAACAGUUUGCAGAUUACUGUGCCUCAGACGAUGAGGUUGUUGGUGUCAGCGUUAGCGUUCGGGACCGGGAAGAUGUUGUACAAGUUUGGAAUAGCGAUGCAUCUCUUGCUAACGAAGCAAAUAUCUUGGGAAAAGUCUAUGAGCUCCUCCCAUCCAUAUCUUUUAAAGCUGUUUUUUAUAAGUCUCACAUGGAACAUCAUGCCUUUGAAGGAGGACGCUCAAGACAUUAAAUGAUUGUAAUGCACUUUUUAUUUUAACCUGAACUCUGUACCUGCCUUGAAGGCGCUGUCCACAACCUAAUCAAGGAUAUUAUUUUGCGUUCAGCAAUGAAAUGUUAACAAUAUAUUUUUAUAACUUGUUAUGACUGAUGCCUUGAUUCAUUUUGAUGUGGGUCCUAAAGCUCUGAACUCUUGAGAGAAUGUAUAUC